AUGGACUCACAUCCUAUAGCCAGUGGGAGCAAGAAGAAACCUUCUCCUCUCCCAAAGCCCACCCGCAAACUCCUCUGUCUGGGUAUAGAAGGCUCAGCCAAUAAAUUCGGAGCGGGUAUAAUAUCUCACGAACCUCCCCGUGCAGGUGCGAUAAAAAAAGCUACGGUAGUGACUGUUCUCUCAAAUGUCAGACACACUUAUAUCACCCCUGCGGGCGAGGGAUUUUUACCUAGCGAUACGGCCAGACAUCAUAGAGAACGGGCUGUGAAGGUGAUCAAAGAGGCAGUGAGGAAAGCCGGGGUUAGAAUGGAAGAUUUGGAUGUGAUCGCUUUUACAAAGGGACCAGGAAUGGGAGGACCUUUACAAGUUGGAGCAUUGGUAGCCAGGACAUUGUCCUUAUUACACAAUAUUCCCCUGGUCGGUGUCAAUCAUUGUAUAGGUCAUAUCGAAAUGGGUCGUCAAAUCACCUCUUCAACCAAUCCCAUCGUCCUCUACGUCUCAGGCGGCAACACACAAGUCAUCGCUUAUUCUCAACAACGAUAUCGAAUCUUCGGCGAGACAUUAGACAUAGCCAUUGGUAAUUGUCUAGAUAGGUUCGCCAGGGUCAUAGGACUACCUAAUGAUCCUAGUCCGGGGUACAACAUUGAGGUCGAGGCGAGGCGAGGAAAACGAUUAGUCGUUUUACCAUACGGUACCAAAGGUAUGGAUAUCACAUUAGCUGGAAUUCUUACUUCCGUAGAGGCAUAUACCAAAAAUAAAAAUUAUCGACCUUUCCCACACCAACCUCAAUCUCAAGACAAUCCUCAAACUAAUAAUACCCCAAACAAACCCCCUCUUCUCCCAAAAACGACUCCCACAACGUCAACAGAAGUCAAAGAUGAACUCAAAAAUACCCCAAACGAAUUUGAAAUCACUCGACAAAUAUCAAAAGAUAUCAAAAAUACAAACCAAGACAUCAUAACACCUCAAGAUCUAUGUCAUUCACUUCAAGAAACGACAUUUGCAAUGCUAGUGGAAAUAACCGAAAGAGCCAUGGCACAUGUAGGUUCAAAAGACGUUCUCAUAGUUGGUGGAGUAGGAUGUAAUCUUAGGUUACAAGAAAUGAUGGGUAUCAUGACAUCUGAAAGAGGUGGUAGAGUUUUCUCUACUGAUCAAAGUUUUUGUAUAGAUAAUGGGAUUAUGAUCGCUCAAGCUGGUUUGUUAGCUUUUAGAAUGGGUAAAGUGACUAAAAUGGAGAAUAGUAGUGUUACUCAGAGAUAUCGAACAGAUGCAGUCCACGUAGCUUGGCGAGCUUAA